AGUUGUUUAUUUAUGGCCGGAGUUAAGUUUGUGGGGGUGUGCGACUAUCGGAAAGUUCGCCACGAUAAGCGCUAAAGCGCCCUGAGAUUAUGAUGGCCAACCUCACAUCCAUCACGCAAUAUCACCAGCCUGCUCGUCUUCAAAUCGCCUUAUCUUUACUCGGUAGUGAUCUUGGGCAAAGGCUGACCUGGUGAGGCUAUUUUAUGCGAUUGCAGAGAUCCUUCGGUAUUUGUUUUUGAUUGAUUGUGCUUGCGUAUCUUUCAUAUCAUCAGCAGCAUGGCGCCGCUUUUUGAGAAAGGGUCUAUUGUCCCUUCAGUCCUGAUUGGCGCGUUCACAACCGUUGGAGGUAUUCUAUAUGGCUAUGAUACGGGUAUUAUUGCUGGUAUCCUGGCCAUGGAUACUUUCAAGCGCGAUUACGGCAAACCGGAUCCUAUGCACGACGACAGCUACUAUCUCUCGUCGGCGCGCAAGUCUCUUGUUGUCUCGAUCUUAGCAGUCGGUCUCUUUUCCGGCGCGUUUUCGACCGGAAAUGUCGCAGAUAGACUAGGAAGACGGAAGGGGUUGAUUCUGGCAUGUAUUAUUUUUAUGCUGGGUGUUUCUCUGCAGGUGGCAAGAGGUAGCAUUGGACUGUUUGCAUUGGGGCGUCUUGUUGCGGGAUUUGGUGUUGGAUCUGUGUCGUCAAUUGGCCCGCUUUACCAGGCUGAGAUUGCGCCCAAGCACUUGAGAGGCGCAAUCACCGCAGGAUACCAUACCGCAAAGACACUUGGAGUGUUGAUAGCAUCGCUGGUUGAUAACGGGUCGAAAUCCAGAGACGGGAAAUCAUCAUACUUGAUUCCGAUCUAUAUACAGUUCAUCUGGGUUUUGAUUUUAUUGACUGGGUUCCUGUUCUUGCCCGAGUCGCCACGGUUUUUGGUGAAACAAGGCAAGAUUGGAGCGGCUCGACGGUCACUGUCAAUUAUCAGACAUAAUGACAAGGACGACAUAUCAAUCUCGGUUGAGCUUGCGGAGAUUGAAGCGGCGAUUGAACUUGAGCGUGCGCUUAGUAACGUACAACUGAAGGAUUGCUUUGGAACCGAGAACAGGCAACGUUAUCGGAUGAUGAUCGGGUUGGUGGCCGGAGCGAUGAGUCAGUUGGUCGGGGUCAAUUUCAUAAAGUACUUUGGCACUGAUUUUUUCCUGCAAGCCGGAAUCACAGAUUCAUUCAUGGUUUCGGUCGCGACCAACAUGAUCAGUUUCUGUAUGACGCUUCCGUCGAUAUAUCUGAUUGAGAAGCUAGGCCGGCGUCCGAUCUUGACGAUUGGCCUGUUUGGCUGUUUUGUGACGCAGUACGUGAUUGCAGUCACCGGCUUGAUAUUCGGACGGGAUUCUGACAUUGCAAAGAAGAUGCUGGUCGUGUUUACGCUGCUUUACAUUGCUGUUGAGUCUUGUGGCGCUGGACCGCCAUUGCUGGUCGUCAUGGGAGAGACGUUCCCGCUUCGGACGCGUGCGAAGAGUAUAUCGCUGUCGAUCGGGUGUGAUUACAUUUUCAAUUUCCUGAUUUCAUACACGACGCCGUUCUUGGUUGACGAUGCUCCUGGAAGUCUGAAUAUGGGGACCAACGUGUUUUUCAUUUGGGGCACUGCGAGUCUGCUAGGAGCGCUGUUCAUCGCAUUGUUUGUUUACGAAACCAAGGGACUGACGUUGGAGCAGAUCGACGAGCUGUACAUGACGUGCCCGACAGCUUGGCGGUCAUCGUCGUUCAAGCCAGCGGCCAACAUGCUUGAUCCCGAGAUGUCGGAUGAGGAGAUUGCGACACUGAACGGACAGCGCGGGUCGAAUGCGAAGAAGGACGGUGACGACACAAUGACUUUGGCCACCGUUGAUUCCAACGGACGGGGGGAUAGUGAUGCGGAGAGCAUAGAUGUCGAUGAGGUGUUUGAGGAGGAGGGAGAUCCAUUGUUGAACGGCUAUAGAUCAUAGAUCAUUUUCUCAUUUGUUUGUUAUUUGUUAGUUUAUCAAUUAAACCGUUCCAGCUACGUUUUGAGUUGUCUAGUGUCUAGUGUUUGGGACCGGAGCGUUGGUAGGAGAUGAGAAGGUGAAAGGCAGUAGUGGAGGCGGCUGAUAGCAUGACGAUACCACAUUCUCCAUACGCAAC